UGGGUGGAAACACACAAUCUAACAGUGCUAAAUGAAUUCAUCCUCAUGGGCAUCACAGACUGCCCUGAGCUGCAGGCUCCGUUAUUUGGGCUCUUCCUCAUCAUGUACGUGAUCUCAGUGGUGGGCAACUUGGGCAUGGUCAUCCUCACCAAGACAGACUCCAGGCUUCAAACACCCAUGUACUUCUUUCUCAGACACCUGGCUUUUACUGAUCUCGGUUAUUCAACAACUGUGGGACCGAAAAUGCUGGUAAAUUUCAUUGCAGAUCAAAAUACAAUCUCCUAUUAUUCUUGUGCUAUACAAUUAGGUUUCUUUCUUGUGUUUAUUGUUAGUGAACUUUUUAUUCUGUCGGCAAUGUCCUAUGAUUGCUAUGUGGCCAUCUGUAAGCCUCUGCUCUACCCAGUUAUCAUGUCACAAAGGAUAUGUCAGGUUCUGGUAGCAAUCCCCUAUCUCUAUAGCACAUUUGUUUCUCUUCUAGUCACUAUAAAAAUAUUUAAUUUGUCUUUCUGUGGCUACAGUGUCAUUAAACAUUUCUACUGUGACAGUCUCACUUUGUUAUCUUUGCUUUGUUCAAAUACACAUGAAAUCGAAAUGAUUAUUCUGAUUUUAGCUGGUGUUGAUCUGAUUUCAUCCUUUCUGAUAGUUUUUGUGUCUUACUUGCUCAUUCUUGCAUCCAUUCUCAGGAUGAACUUUGCUGAAGGUAGGCACAAGGCUUUUUCUACCUGUGGGUCCCACCUGACUGUGGUCACAGUGUUCUAUGGGACCUUAAUAUUUAUGUAUGUGCAACCAGAGUCCAGCCAUUCCUUUGACACUGAUAAAGUGGUAUCUAUAUUUUACACCCUCGUUAUCCCUAUGUUGAAUCCUUUGAUCUAUAGCUUGAGGAAUAAAGAUGUAAAAUGUGCACUACGAAAGAUGUGGAAAAAACUAUGUAAUCUUUUUUCUUAA